AAAUUCAGAAGGCAAGCUACGGAUCACAUCGGCUACGAAUCUUGGCCAUAAACCCUAGUCUUUAUUAGUUUCUUCGACGGUGAUAUUUUGAUAACUGGAAAAACGGUUCAGAAAAAAUGUUUGGCGCCGGAGGCGAAACCCCCUCGAGGCAUGAAUUGUUGAGUAUGGUGAAGAAGCACUCCAAUUUAAUAGGGAAAACGGUAGUUGAGGAGCAAGAUGCUUCUGAUAUCGAAAUGGAUAUGAGGUUUUGGCAUGAUGUCUUUGAUUUGUAUUUCGUCCGUGGCAAGGAGUCAAGGGGACGCCAAGAUGAUGAUCUCGUUUUCUUUGUUAGAAAAUUGGGUUCCCAUGGUUUUGGUUCCAAUAGCAAAACGGAGAGUGUUGAUCCUUAUUUUGUACGCAGGUGGACACCUAAGUUGAACGACUUAGUUGAUGAAACUUCUAUAGAUGUGGACUGGAGGCGUUCAUUUUACUUGAAUCUAAUUGCUCAUACAUCAUUCAGUGUAACUGUUGCGAUUUGCAGUCACCAGGUUCUUCUUAACCAUCGAGCUGGGCAGGAUACACCUUUGUCCCCUAUAUAUAAGGUUGUGAAAACUGUUUAUGCAUCUCCAAGUCGUGUAAAUUUUCAGCUAGACUCUAAAAAGGAAGUGGAAACGACACCUGCUUAUCCAGAUAUAUGCUUUGCAAUUGAUGAUUUUGACUCCACUUUUGAUGCUGUGGUUUUGACCGAAAAAGAUCAUUGCUAUUGUGUAGUUCUAAACGCACAUGAUGGGGCAGCCUUUCCUAGUGAAAAGGUGUCAAAUGAUUGUAGUACUAGUAGCAACUCUCUGGAAGUCAAUGCUUCUUAUGCUAAAAAAAAAGAGACAAAGCUUACCCUUUUCUCAGGAUUUGUCAGCUAUCAGAUGGUGCGAGAUGCAUAUGAUGCUGGCAAGUCUCGAUUUGGGAGCCUUUUAUCAGUUGGCCAUUUUCCUGGAAAAACAGACAGGAUUUACAUGAAAGGUCCUGGAGGCAGAGGAGAAGUUGAAGUAGCUGUUUCGGGAGUUGCAGAUCAAAGCCAGGAGGAUUCAGGCCCAUCAUCUCCAGUUAUAUCAAAGAAGGGGUUUGGUCUUGGCGUAAUCGUCCGCAGAGCAGCCUCUGUUGCAUCAGUAGCAGCAAGGCAUGCUUAUGCAGCUGCCUCGUCAUCGAGCCCAAAUUUUGACGAGAUGAUACCUUUGAAAUGCAGUUUAAUGUCCAUAUCGUUGCCCUGGGAAUAUAUAGCGUAUGAUCUUCUAUUUAAGGGAGCUCCUCCUGUGAACAUGUGACCAUCCAAUGUAUCUGUGGGCGCCAUGAAUAUCGAAAUGGACAUUUCUGUGAGCACCCCGUUUCUGAGUUACGAAAUUGGUUUCUCUUCUGACAAAAUUGUCUUUGGUGCAUGCCGCACGUGCAUGCUCAGAAUGUGAAUACUUGGUGUUGGAUUGAGUAUCCCGGGGUAACUUGUUGCAUCUGGUUAUAAAUAUCGACACAUAUGUUAGUUUUUGUAUAUGUUGGAUUAUUGUAAUUGCCACCCUUC